AUGGCGAGCACUGCUCUUGAGAUGGGAGUUCUCAAGAUUAGGCGGGACCUUUUGGAGGCCUGCAUGACGUGCCAAAUCUGCCACAAGCUUGUUACAGAUGCUACCGCGAUCUCUGAAUGCCUCCAUAUUUUUUGCAAAAAGUGUAUAUUUGAGAAGCUUGCUGAUGAGGAGGUAUCCCAUUGCCCCGUAUGUAAUAUUGAUCUUGGUUGCAAUCCAUUCGAAAAGCUCAGGCCUGAUCACAAUAUACAGGAAAUAAGGGAAAAAAUAUUUCCAUCUAAAAAGGAAAAGGAAGAUGCUGGGACUCUUGAAGUCCCUUCUGUUCCACUGCCCGUCAGAAGAAAGAAAAGAUCACUUUGUUCAUUGGUAGCAGAAACUCCUCGAGUCGCAAGCCAUGGUGAAGUCCAAGCUGAAAGCUCAAAUUCAUUUGCGACUCGAAGAAAGACGACUCAAACCAGGAGGCAGAAUAAUUCCGAUGCUGAAUCAUCCAUUCAGGCAUCCAAUGAAGACAGAGAGAAUGAAGAAUCAUAUCUGGACAGGCCUGAGCAAAGAACUCCUGUUGUUGAAGCAGAUCAGGUCAGUGGUCCUGACACUGAAGUCACCAUUUCUUCGGUGGUGGCCAGAGCUCAAAGGUUAGAAGGAGCUAGCCAAAGGAGGAGGGAGCUGGGAACCUCAGCUAAAGAACAGCUAAACCAAUAUUGUUUUUCUUUAGUUGCUGCUGCUGACCUGGAAGAAGGCUCCUCGCUGUACCAGUCACCUGCAAGAUACUUGAGGCUUACAGAUGGCAAUCUACCUGUUUCUUCUAUCCAAAAGUAUCUGGCGAGGAAACUUCACAUUGCAAAUGAAUCUGAGGUGAGUUUUCAAUUUUCUUCUUGAAGCAAUACAUCAUGCUGAUUCUGAUUUUAGGUACUUAUAUUAUAGAUAGUGGUUACACAUUUUGUCCUAAAAUGAUCAUUGGAUUUUUGACUUUUGGGUCCUUUUGGUUCCAUUAACAAAAAAGAGUACUUAAGAAUUCUCAACUAAAUCUAGAAGUCAUGCAUAC